GUAACUUUCCAUGUACCCUGUGCUAAAGUGCAUCUGUCAAAAUCAAAUUCUGACAAUUGUUUACAAUUGUGCGGCGCCAACAACAAAAAAACAACCAGUUGGAAAUGGAUGAAGAUAUUGUGCAAUAUUUAUUGAAAGACAAUGUCGCUGUAAAUACAGGGCCAAACGCCAAAGAGUUUUUUCUAGAUCAAGCAGAAAAUGAAUUUAAUAAUGGAAAUCUGCUGAAUUCGAUAUUUUAUCAAGUGCGAGCAUUAUAUCAAGCCUCAGAGGAACGCUACUUUCAAAUUGAAGCGAAGUUUAAUAAUGAGCAGGGCGAUAGCAAACGCACAUUGGCAGAUAAACUAUGUAGUGAAAUGAAUGAGUGGGAAAAAGAAGAUUUGAAAAGUAAUCCGUUUAUGCAGUAUGUGGUGAAAAAACUAUAUAACGGGAAGCAACCAAGCGCCAAUGGCAAAUCACAAAAUACAACGUGCAACUUUUUACAAAACAUCAUAAAUCCAUUAAAAGGCGUGCAGAAAAUAGAGGAAAUUUGUCAAGAAAUGCCAAAAGAGUGGACAAUAUUGCAAUUGUGUAAAGGCCCGCGUACGGAGACAACAUAUUCAGUUUAUCCACAAAUUCAUGAAUUGGAUGCGAGCAUUUAUGUAACUGUGUUAAGGCAUGUACGUAGUGCUGAAUAUCCCACACCGAUUAGCCUGCGCUUUAGCGGUCCAGAGCAGAAGGAACUUUUUCGAAAAUACGCCAAUAUUGCAAAUCAAUUUAGGCAAUGCAUUAAUGUUGAUCCCAAAGAGUACAACACAAAAGAAUCGAAAAAAAUGUAUUGGGAUAUGCUGACGGAAUUAGAUCAAUAUAUUGCGCAAGUGCUGAAAGAGUUGAAGAAUUUCUUUUUCCCUUGGAGUUUUCUCUUCACUGGCCAAUCGUACAUGAGACCUUCGCCGGAAGCCAAUGCGCUAAUGACGCAGCAAAAGCAAGCAUUCGCCAGUGUCGAUGACUUUUGCAACGAGCAUCGCUGGGCAGUAAAGGAACAUGUAUUGCUCUCCUUGACCGCCAUGAAUGUCGAUGCGCUGUCUGAACUCGAAAUUCAUGCAAUUUGCGCUUUGCUCACCAGCAGCGAACGCGAAAGGAGUAACGCUGCUAAAUUACUACUGAAGCUACAAAAUGCGCCAGCAGGCGCUGAAGGUAUUGCUGAAGGCGACAAUAGUGGCGCACCAACAGGUCCCUCCACUCAUCACUAUCCCGUCAUUUUAAUUGUGGAUGAGCGUCUUGAUCAUUUCUUUUGGGAGGAAAUAAAUACUCAACAAGAAUUUUGCCGUGUCAAUUCUCUACAAUGUCUCUGGCGUCUACACAGUCUCUAUGGUGAGCGUAUGCAUCGCGGUUAUUUACCCGUCAACAUUGUGGACGGUGGUUGCCUGCUGAAUCCCGAUAACAAUUUGCCAAAAACCGAGACACGCAUGCGCUCCUUUUUCGAGUAUUGGCUACCGCAUUGGCAGCGAAAAGUCGGACAGAAGCCAACACAGGAUGAACUGCUUAAGGACUUCUUCAAGCGCAGCUGUUAUGUGUACGCUGGUCACGGCUCCGGCUUGCAAUAUAUCAAUGGCAAAUAUAUCGCCCGUCAACAAAUGGAUUGUGUGGUGUUCCUUUUCGGUUGUGACUCGUCACGUUUGCAUUCAAAUGGCCUCUACAGCGAAUUAGUGGGUUCGCAUUUGUAUUACCAUGCUGCCAAGUGCCCAACUUUGGUGGGCACACUGAUGCCUGGCUUGGACGCUAAUAUGGAUGGCGUUGCCACAGAAAUUCUUAGUCGCUGGAUAGCGCCCAAAUCGAGCAGCGUCUACGCUUGGCAAUGCAUCGAUCGCUGCAGCUGGCUCAAGGAAGGUGUAAUCAAGCCUUAUAAAAAUGAUCUACCCUCCGUCGCUGACACUCCCUGCUAUCAGCAAGGCAGCUUGUGCGCUAUUUUGGCGCGCAUACAUCAACGCCGCUAUGAAACCCGACAUUACAACACCGUGCCGUACGUGUGUCGUGGUUUGCCAGUUUGGAAUUGUGAUGUUCAACCGUUGCCUCACUAGUAGUUCUAUAUAAAUAUGUAAAUUGUGUUUGUGUUGCGCACUCGCUGGCAGAUUUAAGCUGCAUAUUGUAUAUAUAAGUUUGUAUUCAACACAGUUUUAGUAAGUUGUAUGUAAAAUUAUUAGCUUUUUGGCACUAAUUAGGAGAUUUUAGUUAAAGUUGCAACUGUGUUAAAUUAUUUGAAAGCGCAUGCGUUAGAUAUUUAAGCCUCUACAUGUCAAUUAGAUAUAACUUUAGCUGUUUAAAUAUAAUAAGAGAACCAAUUAAGCUUAGAAUAUAUGCAGUGUGUGAAAAAAAAAUAUGGUUUUCUCAGAAAUAAUUAAUUAUCUUAUAGUUUUGCUCGAAAAAAAUAACUUUUCUUUCAGACAAAAAAUUUUUUAUCUAAUUUUAUUGUUCAAAAAUCAUACUGUUUUUCAGAAAAAUAUAUUUUGAACUCUUAAAAAAUUAUUAUUAAAUAUUAAUAUUUAUUCUUAAAAUAUCAUACUUCUGCUCAGAAAAAAAUAUUCAUAACGCAUAAUUUUAAUCUUAUAGUUUUGCUCGAAAAAAAAUAACUUCUUUCAGAAAAAAUAUUAAUUCUUCAAAAGUCAUACUUUCUCUCACCAAAAUAUAUUUUUAACUCUUAAAACAUUAUUAAUAAAUAUUAAUAUUUAUUCUUAAAAUAUCAUACUUCUGCUCAAAAAAAAAUAUUUUUAACGCAUAAAAAAUUAUUUAUACCAUCUGAUCAAAAUUGAACCGGACUGACAACAAAUUUUUAUUAUCGCCUUCAAAAUAGUGUCUCGAGCCCAUACAAGCAUACCAACGCAUUAAUCCAAUUAUCGGACCUCUAUAGCACAUAGCUGUCAUACAAA